AUGGCCGGUGAAAAAGAUUUGAAGGCUAAACAAUACAUGAUAGAUGCUGGGGUCAAUAUGGUAGAGAUACUUGAGAAGGAGCACAUAACCAUUAAUAGUAUAUACAAGAUGUUAAGAAAUGAACAACAGAAGAUGCCUUGGAGGAAGCUAGUAUGCAAUAAUGGAGGAAUGCCAAAGUGGAUUUUUAUUCUAUACAUGGCUAUACUGGGCAAGUUGAAUACAAGAGAUAGGCUAGCAAGAUGGGGAGUAACUAAUGAGCUACUGUCUCCUAUGUGCAAUAUAGAAGAGGAAAGCAUUGAGCAAUUAUUUUUCAAGUGUACUUUUACAGCAUCAAUUUGGAGGAACCUACUGCAGUGGAUGGGCAUUAAUAGGCAAACGAUGAAAUGGAGUCAAGAAGUAGAGCGGGCAUACAACAAUGCAAAAGGUAGAUCAGCAAAUGCUGAAAUCUACAGAAUGGCCCUAGCAGGUUGUGUCUACUAUGUGUGGCAGGAGAGACAACAACAACAACAACCCAAUAAAGUCCCACUAAGUGGGGUCAGGGAAGGGUAG